GUAUUUUGGAGCGGGAGAGAGGAAGAAAUGCUAGCUUAGGGUCGGAGGGGGUACUAUUACUAGAGAUAAGAAUUCAUCAAUCCAGCUGGGAGUAGCUAGCUAGCUUUGCUACUGCUGUGUUUAAUAAACAGUGAAUGACCUAAUAACCUUGGCCAUGCUGAAGCUGGAGCCGGAGUUGCCCGGCCUGCCUCAGCGCUGCGAGUCGUGCAGGUCGGCGCCGUGCGGGUUCUACUGCCGCGCCGAUUCGGCGGCUCUGUGUGCCGCGUGCGACGCUGAAGUGCACUCCGCCAACCCGCUGGCCCGCCGCCACUGUCGCGUGCCAAUGGCCGCCGUGGCCACCCCCCGCGCCGGGGGUGCCUUCGUCGUCCGCCCUGCAGGGGGCGUCUCCUGGCCCAUCCGCGAGCGCAGGAGGUGUGACUAUGACGACGCCGACACCGGCGAGGAGGAGGAGGCAACGCUGUGGCUUCUGCUCGACCCGCACAAGGGCUCGGAUCAGGGGCUGCCGCCGUUCGGCGACGCGCUGGUGGCGGACUUCCUCAACCUCGGCGGCGGUGCGGGGGAGAACGAGGACGCGUCGAGCAAAGAGUGCAGCAGCGGCAGCCACGACCACCACGAGUUCGCCGUGCCCGUGGCGCAGCUGCCGGAGCGCCAGGGCUUCGCCGCGGUGCGUAUGGACAUUCCGGACUACGACGCCCCCAACCCCAGGCGCGGGUACUGCUUUGGCGCAACGCUCGGCCACAGCGUUUCGAUGUCAUCGCUGGAGAACAUGACCAGGGUCCCAGACUGCGGCGUGCCAGACACCACCAGCUCAUCCUUCCUCAAGCCAUCCAAGAGCACCAUCGACCUCUUCACAGCAGCUGGUGGCUCCUCUGCGGCGGCGCACAGCAACAUUAUGUCGCCGACGAGGACGCAGUUCGCGGGCGCCAUUGACCGGGAGGCCAGGGUGCACCGGUACAGGGAGAAGAGGAAGACGAGGAGGUUCGAGAAGACCAUCAGGUACGCGUCGCGGAAGGCGUACGCCGAGGCACGGCCGAGGAUCAAGGGGCGCUUCGCCAAGCGCACCGACGCCGACCUCGAGGUCGACCAGUACUUCUCCGCCGCCGCGCUGGCCGACUCCAGCUGCGGCGUCGUGCCCACGUUCUAGCGAGCGAGCAGCUUGGCCGUGCUUCAAGGCAGUAAAUUAAGAAAGAAAGAACUUAUAUAUUAAUGACUCAGGGAUGGAUACUACUCGUAUUAUCCUACUAUGUAGAGUAGUUGUUAAGAUGAAUAGACAUCGUUUGGUUGCUUAAAUUUACAUAAUUCGCCGAAUUGCCUGUAAAUUUGUGGGAUUUAUGAGCUGUAGAUAUAAUAUAGAUGACAGGAAGAUCCUCCAUGUAAAUUAAUUUAUGCUGGAGUAAAAUUUUAUC